AUGAUUCGACCGCGAGGGGCUCAGAAAGGAUGGUGACUUUCCUGUCACUGCUUCGCAUGGCUCGCUGAGGCGCAUACACCAUCCACCCCUUCCGCCACGUCGCGCUGGGAUGCGCUUUGUUGCCAUGUACGGCGCACGAGAGGCAAAUGGGAGCCAGCGCACGCGCACACUCCGUUAACCACCUCCACCAUCCAUCGAUGCCAAUAACACUCAACAGCGGGAGCAUCGCAGGCAUCGCAGCUUUACGUCAAAUGCGAUCAGCCGGUGAGGUUUUCCACGACCAUCCCCUCAUGCACUAUUCCGCCUGCGUUGCCGCCACCCAACGCUUCAUGCGUUACACUGCUCUCCCUACGCAGUGCACGAGGGAUAAAAUACCCACACCUGCUUCUGCUGAGGGGACUGUCCACCGACCUCGACAUCAUGCGAGCGACUGUAGGUCCACGCGCGACCAUUUCGCACCCAGUCCAUCCGCUCUUCGUGGCAACGGAGGCGAUCGGAGAUACCAUAGCAUCCGCGGAGAUGCCACGCGUCUCUGUGGAAUGGAGAGGAGCUCAACUCGCGAAUAUAAGGCGAUGUUCCAUUGCGACCCGUUUUCUUCGCGUUCGACACGCGUAUAGCUGACAUGGUUUUGCAGAAAGUUGCUUUGGACGACUUCAUCUCGGGGUUGUUCACGUAGCGCCGCUGCUCUUUGCUCAGGCGGGUACAAUGGUC